AUGGACAGUGAAAAAGCAGUAGAAUAUCUUGAUGGGUUGCUGGGUCGUACCUUGCGUAUCCACACCACUGACAGCCGCAUGUUUGUCGGGCUCUUCAAGUGUACGGACGCGGAACGAAACAUUAUUCUCGCCAAUUCGUUCGAAUACCGGUUCCCCACUGCCUCUGCUAUUCAGGAAGCUGCGAAAGCCGAGUCCUGGGACCAGACACCGGAAUCUCCCGUCUCCGUCAAAGUCAGUAUGACCAGCCGGCUCGUUGGGCUCAUUGUGAUCCCAGGUCGCCAUAUUACAAAGAUUGAGCUGGAGUAA